CCAACAAGAAUUACAGAAUGUGAGCCUGAUCUUCGACCAGUUCUUCUGUCAAAUGUAAUGGAAAACUUUAUGUUAGAGGACAACACUCAAAGGGAUGAAUUGGACUUGAGUGGAAUAAAUUUGACUUUAGCAUCUUGUCCAGAAGUACAGAGGCAAUGCAAUGCUUCAGCUGCUGGGGUUGUUACUCAAGUUCAUCAUCCUUGUGAAGCUGCUGUAAGCAGACCCGUUGAAGAUGUAGGAGCUAAUGAGGCGGUUUGCGGCUGGGAGGAGCAAAAUAUUAGUGAAUGUGCUGUUCCCCAAGAAGAUCCAGAGAAUGCUGUCCCACCAGAUAAUACUACACAAAAGGGGGAAAUUCGUAGAAAGGAUUUGGAACCAGUGAACUCAUUGAAUAGUUAUGAUUCUUUGCUAACUUCUUUUAGAAUAGAACAAACAACUGCUAUGGUGAAAACGCAGGCUGUUUUUCCAUUAUUUGAGCACUUUAUGGACCUGAAGAAGCAAACAAGACCUGUUAUCAAGCAAAAUCCUGUGCACAAAGAUACUUCACCUGUAGGAUCACAUGUUCUUUCUGGGUCAAUAGAAUUUAAUAAAGCUGUUAACACUGAUAAGCAGCCGGAGCAAUGUAAAAGAGAGCAAAAGUGUGGCUCCACGAAACAGAAGUUAAAGCAGAAUCGUAACUAUGACAUACAUAGCAAAGAAAACAGGGCAGUCCAUCCCUUAACGAUAUCCAAGAAUCAUUCAGAGCCAAAAAUACUUCCAAACUUUGAAUCCUUCGUCAUAGAGGAAGAAGAAGGUUCAGGUGGCUAUGGCACUGUUUACAGGGCUCGGAGAAAAAAUGAUGGAAGAACCUUUGCUAUUAAAUGUCCUCAUGCAAAUGCUCACAUACAUCAUGUGAACAAUGAGCUGAAGAUGUUGGAGCGAUUUGGGGGUAGGAACUUUGUAAUAAGGUAUGAGGGCUCUUUCAAGAGUGGAAACUCAGAGUGCUUCAUUCUUGAGCAUGUUGAGCAUGACAGACCUGAGGUACUUAAAAGAGAAAUAGAUAUAUUUCAGCUCCAAUGGUAUGGUUAUUGUAUGUUCAGAGCCCUUGCAAAUCUGCAUAAGCAGGGAAUAGUGCAUAGAGACGUUAAACCUGGGAAUUUCCUCUUCUCCCGUAAACAUAACAAAGGUUACCUCAUUGAUUUUAACCUAGCCAUGGAUCUACAGCAGAAGUAUGGCCACAGUAGCAAAUCAAAGACAAGCCAUAACAUAAACUUCGAUCACGUUCCUAUUCCCAGUACCAAAUCUGCUCUAAUUACCAAAGAUAGGAAAGUGCUGAGUGGUAAAGUUUGGGAAGCUGUCAAUCGAGAAGCAGAAAAGGACACUAAGACAUCUCUUGAACACAAGAAAUUGAAAAAGAGGGCUGAUGUUGGUCAUCCAAAGGCCCACCCUGACUUGGGUAGUAGAACUAUAUUCAGAAGCCAAGGUGCAGAUGGCUCUGGAGUAACCUCAACCAAGGAUGCAACAAGCGCUAGAACUCCUUCAGCAGAGAGGUUGAGGGAACCCCUUCCAUGCCAUGGAAGGAAGGAGCUGAUCAGUCUGGUGCAGGAAGCUAUGCAAAGUCCGAAUCAAGAUGCUGUAGGCAUUCCAGGUUCUCAAAGGAGGAGGGUAGCUCCUCCUCCUGGGAAAGUGGAAGGCAAAACUGUUUACCUGACUCCAAUGCCUCUUCACUGUACUGGUGUUGCUGGUGUUGGCUUAUUAAAGAAUAAAGGGGAUGGAAUACAUAAAAGAGAAGGUCCUUGUGUUGGAACCAAGGGUUUCCGGGGUCCAGAGGUCUUGUUCAGAUCUGCUCACCAAGGCUUCAAAGUUGAUGUGUGGUCUGCUGGGGUAACCUUACUUUACCUGAUGAUUGGAAGAACACCAUUUGUUGGUGACCCUGAACAGAACAUAAAGGAUAUUGCAAAGUUGAGGGGCAGUGAAGAUCUAUGGGAAGUAGCCAAGUUGCAUAACCGAGAAUCCUCAUUCCCCGUGGAACUGUUUGAUAUACAAGCCUUACCAUCGAUAGGACUGAGGGAGUGGUGUGAAGUGAACACAAAGAGACCAGACUUCCUUGAGCUGAUCCCCAGAUCACUCUUUGAUCUAGUGGACAAGUGUUUGACUGUGAACCCAAGACUGAGGAUCAGUGCAGAAGAAGCUCUGAGGCAUGACUUUUUUGCCUCAUGCCACGAGAAUUUGAGGAAGCAUAGGCUUCUUAGGCGAGGGCCUAGCUUGGACUCGGGAAGCCCCUGCCUUUCAACUAAACAAGUGUCAACUGCUCUGUGAUAGUUUCAGUCUCACAUGGCAAGUCUAAUUGGAGAGCUCUUGAGGUCAGCUCAGUCCCAACUGACAUCAAUUGUAGUACUAACCUUUGUUUUUCAUUUUUUG